AGCCGUCUUGCGCGGCGGACGGUGUGGGGCGCGGGGACCGCUGGGAAGAUGGCGGGUGUCGGCCUUGCGGCCGUGGCGGCUUGGGUGCCACGUCGGAGCUGGAGCUGGGCAGCCGUCUCCUUAGGUCCCCAGCGUGACUUCAGUCCAUUACUUGCACGGAAGCCCCAGCAGGUGCCACGGUGGCUCCCAGCUUGCAGACCAAAGACAUCAGUUUCUUUCCUUAAGCGACCAGACCUUCCAAAACUGGCUUAUAAGCGGCUAAAAGGCAAAAGUCCGGGAAUUAUCUUCAUCCCUGGCUAUCUUUCUAAUAUGAAUGGUACAAAAGCAUUGGCAAUUGAGGAGUUUUGCAAAUCUCUAGGUCACGCCUAUAUAAGAUUUGAUUACUCAGGAGUUGGAAGUUCAGAUGGUAACUUAGAAGAAUGUACAGUGGGGAAAUGGAGAAAAGAUGUUCUUUCUAUAAUUGAUGAAUUAGCUGUAGGACCACAGAUACUAGUUGGAUCUAGCCUCGGUGGAUGGCUUAUGCUUCAUGCUGCAAUUGCGCGUCCAGAAAAGGUCAUGGCACUUAUUGGUGUAGCUACAGCUGCAGAUGGCCUGGUGACACAGUUUAAUCAGCUUCCUGUUGAGGUGAAAAAGGAGGUUGAGAUGAAAGGGGUGUGGACCAUGCCGUCAAAAUACCACGAAGAAGGAGUUUAUCACAUUCAGUACAGCUUCAUUAAAGAAGCAGAGCACCACUGCUUGUUGCACAGCCCUAUCCCUGUGAACUGCCCCAUCAGACUGCUGCACGGCAUGAAGGAUGACGUCGUGCCUUGGCACACGUCCAUGCAGGUGGCCGACCGAGUCGUCAGCACGGACGUAGACGUAAUCCUCCGAAAACACAGUGAUCACCGAAUGAAGGAAAAAGCGGACCUUCAGCUUCUUGUUUAUACUAUUGAUGACUUAAUUGAUAAACUUUCAACUGUAGUUAAUUAGAAUCAUGUUUUGAGUUGGUAUAUAAACUGAUGUAUCCAGAAGAUUGGAAGAGGGACAGCUAGUCAAAGACUCUAAUACUUUAGGUUCUUCCCUCCACCUCUGUUUUGUAAAUAUUAGAGAAGUAUUUAUUUAAUGAUGUAUUCGCAUAAAUAGUAGCAAUUGUGAAGAAAGUACUGACUGCUGGUUGGAAAUUUUCUCCUUCCUUCAGCUCUUAUUUUUUUUCCCAUUAAAAUAUCUCCUAUUUUUUAUUCAAAUGAUAUUUAUUCUUAUGGUAGCACUGCCAGCUCUUAAUUUCAUUCCUUAGAAUAAAGCUCAAAUAUUUUGUUUUUUUGUUUGAUACUAUUAAGAUUGGAAAUUUGUAAAAUUCUCAUUUUAAAGUGCAAUUUACAAAAUAGGAAAUGUUUAUUGAAAUAUAUUUUAAAUGAUCAGAGAAAUGGCUGAAGCACAAUAAAGUUAAAAAAAUCAGGAUAUCAAUGUUA